CUAACAAAUUAAACCAGCAAAUUCAAGAAGAAAAAAAAUGUAGCAAUAAAAAAUGUGUGACGACAAAAAAUCAUCUGUUUUGAGCAUAGCAUUUUAUCCGUGGUUUGCUCUUGGUCACCUUACUUCAUUUCUCCGAUUAGCCAACAAACUUGCACAAAAUGGUCACAAUGUGUCCUAUUUUAUCCCAACUAAUACAUUACCUAGAUUACUUCCUCACAACCAUUACCCUGGCCACCUUACUUUCAUCCCCGUCACCGUCCCACCCGUUGACGGCCUCCCUCUCAGAGCCGAGACCACCAACGAUGUCCCCUCCUCGGCUAUACACCUUCUUAUGACUGCCAUGGAUUUGACCCGUGACACUAUCGAGGCCCAUUUGGUUAGUAUCAAACCCGAUGUUGUUUUCUACGACUUUGCUUAUUGGAUUCCCGAUCUAGCCCGAAAACACGGGUUCAAGUCAGUACUCUACAUUACAUCCUAUAUAGCAAGAUGUGCUUAUUUUGCCCCCGAUUUGAAGUCGGGUCAUCAGUCCACUGGGGCCGAAAUUAUUGCGCCACCACCGGGUUUUCCGUCUCAGCAUUUCCGGAUGCAAGCACACGAGGCUGAGACUGUGGCAGACGUAGGUAAAGAGCAAGAUGGAUUACAAGGUAUAACUAUUUCUGAAAGGAUGCGCAUUGCUUUUGGAAAAUGCGACGCAAUUGGAGUAAAGAGUUGUAAGGAGAUGGAAAAGGUGUAUAUUGACUACUGUGAGAAGAUAUUUGGUAAGUCUGUACUACUAGCAGGUCCUAUGGUCCCUAAAACCCCAUCUUCCAAACUUGAUGAAUAUUUUGAUGGUUGGCUUACGGGUUUUGGUGCUGCUACUGUGAUUUAUUGUGCAUUUGGGAGUGAAUGUGUUCUCGAAAUUAACCAAUUUCAACAACUUCUUCUUGGACUAGAGCUCACAGGAAGGCCAUUUUUGGUGGCCAUGAAGCCGCCUAAGAAGUAUGAAACAAUAGAGUCGGCCUUACCAGAAGGGUUUGAGAAGAGAACAAAAGGAAGGGGAAUCGUACAUGAGGGUUGGGUGCAGCAACAACUGAUAUUGCAACAUCCAUCAGUAGGAUGUUUCAUAACUCAUUGUGGAGUUGGGUCUCUUUCGGAAGCUAUGGUCAGCAAAUGUCAAGUAGUGUUGAUGCCUCAAGCUGUAGACCAAUUCAUCAAUGCGAGGAUGAUGAGUUUAGAGUUGAAGAUUGGGGUUGAGGUUGAGAAGAGAGAAGAUGAUGGUUUGUUCACAAAGGAGGCUGUGCAUAAGGCGGUCUCUUUGGUGAUGGAGGAAGAAAGUGAAGUCGCAAAAGAGAUGAGGGUAAGUCAUGAUAAAUGGAGAGAAUUCUUAUUACAGGAAGGUCUUGAGGAUUCUUAUAUCAGUAGCUUCAUUCAGAGUCUACGACAGUUAACGAUUGGAUGAACACGUACAGUCAACAUGUAGUACGUGUACUUGUUCAAGCCUUUAAUUAUAUAGGAAUUCCAUCCAGAAUUUUGAAUAGCUGCUUGGAUGAAGCCAUUAUAAUUGCUCGGCCCUCCUAAUCAUUUCUACGCAUCAAUUCAUAAACUUAACUACUGUUGUAGAAAUGUCUUUUUAUCUAUCUCAUGCCUAGAAGCGCGCUAGUGCUCAUCGAGCAAGCUGAGGUCGAGCUUGGUUUGUUCCACUUUUGUUUGAAGUUCGAACUUGAUCAAGCUGUAGAGCUUUGUCGUAAAUUGUCAGGUUUAUCUUGGGAUCUUUUACCAAACUGACUACAUUUUACAAUUUUAUUUAUCAAAAUGGCUACUUUUGAAUUCUAUUUUCCAAAA